AUGUGUAAAUGGAAUUGGGUGCUAAUUUCGUGUUUAAUGAGCUUAAUGGAUGGCACCAAAUAUGGCUUGUGGACGCCGGACAAGGCCUGCGAAGACUCAUCAAGUGUGGUGCAAUGGACCGGUGGUCAAUUUGAGUUUCCAUGUGCCUCAACAAAAUCCCUGUUCAAAAGUUCCGGAAAGUAUAUUUCGAAAAAUGUCAUUGCCACGCGGGCACAAAUAAUACGUGACACGAUCUACUUGGCUUUGCCACGUUAUCGCAAGGGGGUACCAUCUACCUUGGUCAAGACUAAUAUCCAACCUGGCACAUGUUCGGCCACAUUCACGCCAUUCCCCUGCUGGGAUAUGCAGGAAGAGGGGAACUGCAAAGCUUUACAGUCAGUUGUGGAUUUGGUUGUGGAUCAAAAUGAAGUUAUUUGGGUGUUGGAUACGGGUAUUGUGAAUACUUUGGAGGUACCGGUACGCAAAUGCCCACCCAAGGUAUUGGCCUUAUCGGCCAAAUCGGGAAAAGUGUUAAAAACUAUUGAUUUGGAUGGUCUGACCUCGCCUAAUUCCCGUCUCCAGUACCUGGCCGUUGAUUACGCUCCGGAUGGUGGAUGUUUUGUUUAUGUCAGCGAUGCAGCCAAUCGUGCCAUUAUUGUCUUCAACAUUCAGGCAGAUCGUGGUUUCCGCAUUGUUUUGCCCAAAGCUGUAACUGCCGGCUGCAGAUCACGCGAUGUUUUGUACAUAGCGCUGAUACGUCAAGAUUGUGGCACAACAGAAUUGUAUUUCACGUAUUUGAGUACGAAUCGUUUGUUUUCGUUGAAAUCGGAAUAUUUGAGAAGCGGUGUGGCAGAUGGGCGUAUUAUAGACUUGGGUAAGAAACCAUCGCGUAUGGUUAUAAUUGGCACCGAUAAUGGCUCGGCCAUAUUUUUCCGCAACGAGGGCGACUCCGAAGUUUUCCGCUGGGAUACAAACUCAACAUUCACGGAAGCCAACUUCAAACCUGUCUAUCGUAGUCCCACCUGUCAGUUGGCCACACAUGCGGUGCCUGACUACAAACGCAACACAAUGCGUGUUCUGCAAAGUAAUUUUCCAGAUUUUAUGCAAAAUCGUGUGGGCUGUGGGGCCAUCCAACAGUUGUCGAUGAUGCAAGGGUGUUGGUAGUUGGAAUGAAAAGAAGGACACAAAAAAAACAACAACAAAGAGUGCCAAAGACAUUGUGCAACGAA